GGCAACAACGGACAGGAAAUGCAAUCUAUGCAUCCAUCAUCGUUUUCACAGAUGCAAUCAUUCACUCCGUUAUUAGCACAAUAUCAACAUAAUCAAAGUAACUCGUCUGUACAGUAUUCUAAUAUAUCUAAUGCAAAUCAAUCUUCAUUUUCGUCAGCAUCUGUGCAAUUGACACCUGAAUCGACAUCUUCAUCGAUGAGAUCCACACCUUCACCAAUGCUGAGAUCCACACCUUCACCAAUGCUAAGAGCGACACCUUCACCAAUACGACCAUCAUCUGCUCCUUCACCACCCAGAAUGCCAAUUCCACAAAUAAACGAGCCAUUGACUUCGGCGAAAACGUUAAAUACGCCUUUAUCUUGUUUCACUGAAACGAGAAGACCUUCAAAAAGGCCUAAAGACGCUGUAGAAACAGCCUUUUGCCAAAUGAAUACUACGCUUAAUACAGUAGCAUCUAAAAUUGUCCAAAAUCAAAACGAUAGUGAUAUUCAGGAUCCGGAUGUGAUCAUCGGUAAACUUGUGACAGCGGAGCUAAAAAGAACAAUGGAGCCAAUGAAGAGUACCUUGAAAAGGAAGUUCUUGGAAAUUAUGUACUCACAUAAUGAAUAAUAAGCAGCUUUUCUUUUAGAAG